AUGGAUGAAGAGUCCCUUGUUCGAAUUUGCUGCGAUUGUUUCUCUGAAGAGGAUAUAGUGGUGUCGAAACGGCUUUUAUUUGAAUCAGUGCCUACUGCAAAACGUGUAAUUCGAAGAAAUAAAGGAAAGAACGUGCGUGAUAUCGACGACAUUAUAAGUCUAUUGAAGCAAACUGAUCCUGAACUGGACAUCAUUUUAUUACAAGUACAAGUAAGGUCAUUCCCUAAGGAGUAUGUUACAUCUAGCCAGCUUUUGGAGGUAAAAAAUGAAAUUGAAGCACUCAAGAAGGCAUCCAUUGUCAAUGAUUUUAUAAACACACGGAGAGGAGCAACAUAUCGAAAUGUUGAGGUGAAUACUUUUGACAGUGGUCCAAUGGCAUUACAACAAUCUAUAGAAAAUACACCUAGCCCUCAGAUCAUACAAAACAGUGAAAAUAUUUUUUCUCCAAAUAUUGAGGGUACUCCGACUUGUCAUAAUAUUGGCUGCGUGACCGCGGAGCGGGUACCCAUUUCUGUUACCGCACAUUCACCGUUGCUACCAAGAUACCGUAUGCAAGGUCAAGAUAGUGCCGUUUCUCUCGCACCUACAGAUAAAAUCGCGCGAAUAUCGACUACCUGUAAAACAGACCAGUCGAUAAUAAACAGGUCUCUUACGGAAAGGUCAAGCAGAAACAACUCAAGAGAAAACAUUAGUAGCAUAACACCUAUCACAAAGAAAACUGCGGCUGAGACUUUACGUGAUACUGUUGGUCAACGCAGUCAAAAUAUGAAUGAUGGUUGGAAAAAGGUUGAGUAUAAAAAGCGAAAAAAUAAAUUAACAAAUAUCAAGAUUGGAAAAGCUAACAUCGAGCCGGACGGAAAGUUCAAGGCGGCGGACAUCAAAUUGCCUAUUUUUAUAUCGAAUGUGUCAAAGCACACGACCGAGGAUGACAUUUUAGAAUACAUAAAGAAUAACACUAAUGAAGAAAUCAUACAUCUGGCAGUGGAGGAUCGUAUGCUGUGCUGUAUGCAGCGUGGCAGCUUGAGCAGCAUGCGGCGUGGUGUGGGCGCGGGGGGCGCGGGUGGGCGCGUGCCGCGUGCGAUGUGA